AUGGAGCAAUCAGGAAUAUAUGAUUUAGAUCCAAUGUGCAGUGGACACAGCGGAGCCUUGGCAGCGUUGCGACUUCUUCGGAGCUACAACCAGUUCGUUGUGCCGCCUGAUGGUCAUCCAAUGGUACCACUGCUGGCGGCUUUGCCGUCUCCACCAUGUCUGCCAUCAUACUGCCAUUUACCUGUAAGACCUUCCCUUGUUCCCAAUCCCCAAAUCCUAUGCGAGAGUGAGCGGCGUCGUGGUGAGAAAAGACCAAUACCAGCAGAACUUAAAGAUGAUAAAUACUUUGAGAGGCGAAGACGGAACAACCAGGCAGCCAAGAAGUCAAGGGAUGCGAGACGAAUCAGGGAAGAUCAGAUAGCGUGGAGAGCCUGUCUUCUAGAACAAGAAAAUGCUUCCCUCCGAGCACAUGUAGCUGCAUUAAGACAAGAAACUAUCGCUCUUAGGACCCUACUCGCAACUCGAGAUGAAGCACCCGUUCCUUCUUCUACCACAGAUUAA